GCCCUGUGCACCUCUGCCUCCGGGGGCGGAGCUGGGCAGGUAUCCGCUCCGAGGCGCUCUCAAACCGGGCUCAUACUUUGCCUCAUCCGAAGAGCACCGAGUCUCCGCAGCUCUGCAGCCCAGACACAGUGCGCUCCUCCCGCACACAGCCCUCAGGACGCUGAAUACAACCGGUACUGGAUCAACACGUCCCCGAAGCGCACUGCAGCUGAGGCCGCACCAGGAGCAUCGUUUCCCGGACAGAGAGGAGGGAGGGAUCGCAGUGGAGUUAUGGGUCUGGCACAGGUCUGGAUGUGACCCACGCUGGGACUAAACCUGGAUCCGUGAUAAAUCUGCACUAAACCCGAAGCAGAAAGAGUUUGUUUACACUUGUAGCCCGCAGCAGCCCACAGGAUUUACUCCUGACAAAUCAGACUUCUCCCAGGACUGAGCGGCACCAGGACUUUCCAGGGACCUGGAGUCUUCAGGACCAGACAGGACUCUGCAGCUCUAAACCUCUGGUUUAAAGGGACUAAAGUGCUACACUCGGGCACAAGUUUACACCAGGACUAAUCCUGGACUAAGCCGGUUUAGACCCCUCAGGAGUAGGACUUGGACCAUGUUCCCGGGACCAUCCCCGCGGAAGGCCUUCAGUAUUGAGGCGCUCGUGGGAAAGUCGUGCUCGGGUCCGGGUCUGGGCUCGGGUCACGGGCCGGCGCGUGUCCAGGAAGAGCCGCUCAGGCCCACGGCGCUGCGCUUCACGGACGCGCUGCACGCGGUAUCCGCGGCCGGAGCAUUCGGUGGCGCGCGCCUCUUUCCCACUGGACACGACGUCAUGUUGCACGAGCCCGGAACACACACGCACACGCCGCUGCACGCGCUGCAAGUUCCGCCACAGACGCACGCGGGUCUGGGUUUUUACCCGGGCUCUUGGCUGCUCCGGGGACGCUACUUGACGCACAGGUUCGCAGGUGAGGAGGCCAGCCCAGAGAACCUCCUCCUCCACGGCCCGUUCUCCAGGAAACCCAAACGCAUCCGGACGGCCUUCUCACCCUCACAACUGCUCAGGCUGGAGAGGGCCUUCGAGAAGAAUCACUAUGUGGUGGGAGCAGAGAGGAAGCAGCUGGCAUCAGGGCUCUGUCUCACCGAAACUCAGGUGAAGGUGUGGUUCCAGAAUAGGAGGACGAAGCACAAGCGUCAAAAGCUAGAGGAGGAGUGUCCGGAGCAGCAGAAGAGGAAGGGCAGUCAGCACGUGAGCCGAUGGAGGGCAGCCACCCAGCAAGGCAGCGAGGAGGUGGACGUCAUCAGCGAGGACUGAAUCACUACAGCAGGGCAGAGGGGAGGUGGACGUCAUGAGUGAAGACUGAACCACUACAGCAGGGCAGUGAGGAGGUGGACAUCAUGAGUGAGGGCUGAUGGACCCAAGCACAGCACCAAGCCUAAAGACUGUGGGGUCAAAAUAUACAACAACAGGGUCAAAAUGCAAGACUAUGGGGUCAAAAGGGACAACAAUGGGGUCAAAAUGCAAGAGUGUUUGGUCAAAAUACACAGCAAGAAAGUCAAAAGUGCAAGACUAUAUGGUCAAAAUGUUAAAUUAUGGGCUCAAAAUGCAAGAUGUGGGGCCAAAAUGCUAGACUGUAGAGUUAAAGGGAGAAAAAUGGGGUCAAAAUGCAAGACUAUCUUGUCAAAAUGGAUAGCAAUGGGGUCAAAAUGCAAGACUAUGGGAUAAAAACUGACCACAGUUGGGUGAAAAUGCAAGAUGUGGGGUCAACAUGCAAGACUAUGUGGUCAAAAGCACAACAAUGGGGUUAAAAUGUAAAACUAUAGGGUCAAAAUGGACAACAAUGCGAUCAAAACGCAAGACAUCCGCAACAUCAUAUAGAAAUUUGCAAGAGUACAGAUUGUGGGUUUGGCAACAAUAGGGUCAGAAUUUAAAGCAAAAUCAACUUUGGGGGUACAUCACGAAUGCAUUACAACUGAAGUUGUACCUUUAAAUUAGUUUAAUCCCUGGUAUAGUCUUGGGUUAGAUUUAUAGUUAGCCUGAGUUACUCGUGGUACCGGCUUGAUUUAGGCCUAGUUGAAUCUGUGUUCAAUUCAAUUCAGUUUAUUUUUGCAAAGCCCAAAGUCACAACAGCAGUUGCCUCUUAGGGCUGAACAUGAGAAUUUAUUUAACCAACAGAAAGUUAGAGAAUCAACAAUGAAAGUGAAACAGACAAACAAGUUCAGGUUUGGAUUUGGUGUUCCAGGUUUAGUACAUCUGAGCUGUGACAAAAUGCGCAACAUAACGUGACCUUUGACCCCGUCCGAGUCAGCUAACCACCAGAUUUUGUCCAUUGACAAAACAUUCCUGCAACAUUCAAACACUUAUUUAUUAAACACUGGACACGGACAACCACUGGGCAUGGACAAAUAUGGUCUAGUUGGAGGGGCUUAAUGGAGUCACUUCCUGGAUCUGGACCAAUGAGAGAUAUGAUUGGUGCCAACGAGAAUCCAGACAAGGAAAUGGACCGAAAACAACUUAAUGUUAAACAUGAAGUCAAGUAGCCAUGGAUUCUAAUGUAAGAGAAUAUUUUCCCUAGAGCUGAGUUUACACCAGCUGAUAAGCCAAUGACAGUAUGGAUGAUAGGGAUAGAGAUGGAACUGAACCACAAACCUUUUGGUUCGACUGCAAACAUGCUCAUUUAUUUGGUUGUGUUCAUAUAACUGGAUUGUGUUUUCCUUUAAUUAGUCACAUAGUUGCAAAAAUUUCCAGGUGUGAGCCAAUGAAUAAGCCCCCUCAUCUCGGUUCAUGGUCGAUUUUUCCUGUCUUCUGAUUUCAAUAACUUCUCAAUACAGGAAAAUGCAAACUAAUAUUCAAAAAAAGACAUAAGGAUUUUCUAAAUAUAGUUCACACGAAAUUAAAACUGAGCUGGAGACAGAUCAAGAAUUCUAUGGUGGAAUUUGCUGCGUAACUGUCGGAUUGCAG